AUGAGUAAAUUCCGCUCGAGGCUGUACAAAACCGACCGCGCCAGGGACUUUGAGCAUGAGCAGGACCGCCAUGUCCGCACCCGCCAGAUCUACGAGACCAUCGACCGCCAGUCGUUCCAGUGGGUUGUUGUGCUGGUCGCCGGCGUCGGCUUCUUCCUCGACGGAUACACACUCUUCGCAAGCAACAUCGCCCUGCCCAUGAUUGCCUACGUCUACUGGCACGACGAGACCUCCUCGUACCGCUCGACCUGCAUCAACAUCGCUACUCUCGGAGGCACGCUGCUCGGCCAGGUGCUGUUCGGGUACCUGGCGGACCGCAAUGGGCGCAAGAAGAUGUACGGCGUGGAGCUGGCGCUGCUGAUCACGUCGACGCUGGGCGUGGCCAUGUCGUCGAAUGGCGAGCAUGGCAGUAUGAGUGUCUUUGCGUGGCUGAUUUGGUGGAGGAUUAUUGUGGGCAUUGGCGUUGGGGCGGACUAUCCGCUGAGUGCUGUCAUUACAUCUGAAUUCGCUCCCACUCGCCACCGGGCCCGCAUGAUGGCCGCCGUCUUCUUCAUGCAGCCCCUCGGCCAGAUUGCAGGCAACCUGGUCUCGCUGGUCGUCGUCGUCGUCAGCAAGAGACAGGGCUUCGACGACAUCACCCGCACCGUCGACAUUAUGUGGCGCUGGGUCGUGGGCAUCGGCGUCGUCCCUGGCGUGAUCGCAACCCUGUUCCGGUUCUUCAUCCCCGAGAGUCCUCGCUUCCUGCUCGAGAUCGAGGACGACCCCGUCCAGGCCGAGUUCGAUGCCACCACGCUCUUCAGCGACCCGGCCUCCCCCGACAUUGACGACAACCUCAACAACCCUUUCAACAGCAUCAACCUCAUCGCCCCCUGGAACGAAAUCGCCCUGCCCUCGCCCGCCCUCUCUGCCUCGCAGCAGCCCCCCGGCACCACCACCUCUGUCGCCCUGACCCUGCGCUCCAUCGACGAACACUCGCACUCCAAUUCCGCCGCUUCAUUCCGCUCCAACUCCCACGCCCAGUUCAUCCAGCCCGCAACCCUCAACUCCCACUGGCGCCUCACCCACCAAGACAUCAUCCAGUACUUCUGGACAGAGGGCAACUGGCGCACCCUCGCCGCCACCUCCCUCUCCUGGCUCCUCCUCGACUUCGGCUUCUACGGCAUCGGCCUCUCCUCUCCGCAAUUCCUCGCAAAGACCUGGUCCUCCCUGAACCUCUCCGGCCCCGCCCCGCCCUGGAUGACAGACGACACCGGCAGCACAGACAUCUACACCAUGUUCCAGGACACCUCCACCCACUGCCUCAUCAUCCUGAACACAGGCUCCUUCAUCGGCGGCCUCUCCCUCCUCACCGUAAUCCACAAACUCGACCGCGUCGCCCUCCAGAAAUACGGCUUCCUCGCCCUCGCCGCCCACUUCAUCGCCCUCGGCACCAUGUUCAUCACAGUCCACAAAGAGGGACCCGUCGCUGUCGUCCUCUACAUCAUCGGCCAGAUCCUAUUCAACUUCGGCCCCAACGCAACAACAUACAUAAUCCCCGCCGAAAGUUUCCCAACUCGGUACCGCGCCACCUGCCACGGCAUCAGCGCGGGCGCCGGCAAACUCGGCUCCAUCCUGAUCCAGGUUUUCUCGGCGUACUAUAAAUUCGGCACGGGGCCCGGCGAUGACCAGACGAUUCGCCAUGGCUGGAUGUUGAUUGUGUUUAGUGCUUGCAUGGUGAUUGGGGCGGCGGUUACGCAUUUUUGGAUCCCGCCGACCCAGAGGGGGAGCGAUGGGAGGGGGAAGUUUUGGGCGGGGAAGCCUGAGACGCUGGAGACGUUGGGGUUUGGCAGGAGGGGGUGGAAGAGUCGGUUUGCGGGCGUGCGGAGGUGA